AUGGCGGGGGCGGGGCCGAGGCGGAGGCGGGUUCGCGGGGGUGGGGGGGUCCCUCCGCGAAGGCCCGCCCCCAUCGCAUUUUAUUCCGGCCGGCCCCGCCGCUCCCGAGGCAGAGGCACAGCGUCCCAGUCGCCAGGCAGCUUCUGUUGGAUCAGCAGCGGGAGGGACUUGCCGCGGCGUCUCCCGGCCCGUUGUGCUCCCGCCCGGCCCGCCCAGCGUCCCCCGCCCGCGUCCCCCGGCUGGUCCGGGGGUCCGGGCACCACCUCCACGGCGGCUCCUCCGGACCUGAGGACUGGGCCGCAGCCCGAGUCCCGAGCGGACGUCAUGAAGAACCUGCCGUACUUCUGCCGCGGCGAAGUCGUGCGGGGCUUUGGCCGCGGCUCCAAGCAGCUGGGCAUCCCCACCGCGAACUUUCCUGAACAAGUGGUAGAUAAUCUUCCCGCUGAUGUAUCCACUGGCAUUUAUUAUGGAUGGGCCAGUGUGGGAACUGGAGAAGUCCAUAAGAUGGUGGUGAGCAUAGGAUGGAACCCAUACUACAAGAACACGAAAAAGUCCAUGGAAACUCAUAUCAUGCAUACCUUCAAAGAGGACUUCUAUGGGGAAAUCCUCAAUGUGGCCAUUGCUGGCUACCUCAGACCAGAAAAGAACUUUGAUUCUUUAGAGUCACUUAUUUCAGCAAUUCAAGGUGAUAUUGAAGAAGCUAAGAAACGACUAGAUUUACCAGAACAUUUGAAACUCAAAGAAGACAAUUUCUUCCAGGUUCCAAAAAGCAAAAUAAUGAAUGGCCACUGAUGAAAAAUCAA